AUGGCGACCACGUCUCACACCAAAACAAGUUCCUUCGGCUGGGCUCGGGCGCUGCUCCGUCCGUGUUCCAAGAGUCACCAACCAAAAGAUGCUGCUUUGAUCGAGUCACCACGCCGCAUCCCGCUAUCUGAUAGCGCCCAGCGUGCCCAGCGGAAACUACAGUUGGCGUGUGUGUGCUCCGUCUUUUUCAUGGUCGCUGAAGUCGUUGGUGGUUUCCUGGCCGGCAGUCUGGCCAUCAUGGCGGACGCCGCUCACUUGCUUACCGAUGUGGCGGCAUUCUGCAUCUCGUUGUUUGCUAUCUGGAUGAGCACCCGCCCGGCUACCAAUCGAUUGAGCUACGGUUUCCAACGCACGGAAGUUAUCGGUGCUGUUACGAGUGUACUGGUGCUUUGGGUGCUGACGGGAGUGUUGGUGUACGCAGCGGUGAUCCGCUUUAUCGAGUGCUUAAAACCAAAUCCAACCGCAUAUGUUGACGGCAAGUUGAUGUUUAUCGUGGCCUGUAUCGGACUACUGGUAAACCUGGUGCUGAUGCAAAUCCUGGGUCACGGUCAUUCGCAUGGAGGCGGUGCCCAUGGUCAUUCGCACAACGGGGCUGGUAGUCAUGGACACUCGCAUGGACACGGGCAUUCCGAUAAAGAGCAUGACCAUGUAGAUGAAAUCCAUGAUCACACGCACGACAUUGAGUUGUUGGACGUCGACUCCAGUGAUAACGGCGGAAUUUACCAUUGCCUUUCACCUCAAAGUCAUGGCCACUCGCAUGGAGAAAGGCGUUCGCACAGACACGAUCAUGGGCACGUAAAGCAGUCAUCUGGUACAGAUCUGGAGGCUGGACAAGGGAAAUCGAAGGCAAAAAAGAGCAUGGAGAACCUCAAUAUCCGGUCGGCAUAUAUUCACGCCUUGGGUGACUUCAUUCAGAGUAUCGGCGUUUGCAUCGCUGGCGGAAUCAUUUGGCUCAAACCGGAAUGGCAGAUUGCAGACCCGAUCGCGACGUUCAUCUUCUCGAUACUGGUAUUGUUUACGACGGUCGGAAUCGUUCGUGACAGUGUCCAUAUUUUAAUGGAAGGGAGUCCCGAGGGUAUCGACACAAAGGAAAUCGAGUUAGGACUCCGAGGAUGUUGGUCGGUGGUAGGAGUACACGAUUUGCACAUUUGGUCGCUGAGUGCUGGACUGCCGUCAUUGAGUGUGCAUAUCGUCGCGGAAGAUGUCGAGGCUGCGCUACAUUCAACGCAGCGCUACCUCCACUCGAAGGGUAUCACGCAUAGUACAAUCCAGACUGAGAAGACGCCAUCACUAUACCCUCGCAAGUGUGUAUCCAACCUGAAAUGUGGCCAGGUUCCAGCGGCAACAUUACACAACUCGGGGUAGACAUUUUUUUUAAAGCAUGCUAAAUGCUUACUUAGUACACGAAAUGACUACAUGC